AUGGGGUUACAUGGCGACUUCAUGGGAUCGUAUGAAGCAGAUAAGAAUCUCCUCGACCUUCAUGGGCUAUGUGGAUCUUAUCCAUUUUCCUUGGAUUCCUGUUUAUUGGGAGGGGGUAUUCUCUUGUCCCGUUGUGUGUUUAAGAAAAAUCAGAUUGAGUCUAGGGCAUCAAAGAAUGGAAACAUAUUCUCGAUAUGGAAUUAUGACGGACAUAUUGCAUAUGAAGACAUCAUUGAAGCAACCGAGGAUUUUGACAUCAAAUAUUGUAUUGGAACUGGUGGUUAUGGUAGUGUUUACAAAGCUGAAUUACCAAGUGGAAAUGUAGUUGCCUUAAAGAAACUUCAUCAGAGAGAGGCAGAGAAUCCAGUUUUUUGUAAGAGUUUUAUAAAUGAGGUGAGGGUGUUAACAGAGAUUCGACAUCGAAAUAUAGUGAAGCUGCAUGGGUUCUGUGUACAUAAAAAAUGCAGAUUUUUAAUUUAUGAGUACAUAGAAAGGGGAAGCCUAUUUUGUGUCCUAAGAAAUGUUGAUGAAGCUAUGGAACUGGAUUGGAGCAAGAGGAUAAAUAUUAUCAAAGGCACAGCACACGCCUUAUCUUACAUGCAUCAUGAAUGCAUCCCAACAAUUGUUCAUAGAGAUAUAUCAACCAACAACAUUUUGCUUAACUCUGAAUUGCAAGCUAUUAUCUCUGACUUUGGAACUGCUAAACUCCUUGAUCCUGACUCCUCCAAUCAAACAUUGGUUAUUGGCACUUAUGGUUACAUUGCCCCAGAGUUUGCCUACACAAUGUCAGUUACUGAAAAAUGUGAUGCAUAUAGCUUUGGAGUGGUAGCACUAGAAGUAUUAAUGGGAAGGCAUUCGGGAGAACUCUUAUCCUCAUUAUCAUCAUCAUCAUCAUCUCAAAACAUGAUGCUAAAUGAAAUUUUAGACCAACGCCUACCACCUCCAGAUCGUCUAAUUGGACAAGAUAUUUUGCUUGUUGCUACAAUAGCAUUUGCAUACCUCCACACUCAGCCAAAGUCUCGGCCUACAAUGAAAUGUGUGUCACAAGAAUUUCUCUCUCGUAAGAAGCCAAAUUUCAUACCCUUGACUACGGUUUCACUCCUGCAACUGAGGAUACAAGCAACAUAUAUGGUUGGAUCAGGAUUUGCUUAUGUUUAGGGUGUUUUGUGUGCAGUCAAUGUGUCGUUUACAUUUCUCGAUCCUUUUUCAAGAAAAAUAUUAUUUGUAAGCAUUUCAAAUCACCCCAUAAACCUGAAAAACCCACUUUUCAAGAUUGGAAGCGGCUGAAACAGAAUGGGGCUAGUGUGUUUGUAUAAGAUAAGUGUGCAAAUAUAAAGUAGAAGUGAAUUAAGUAAAAUCUCAUAGAGAAUUUCAGCAGAUUCAUCAUUUCUUCUUCAUGAACAACAAGCUUUUAGAAUAUUUGUGAUAUCAGGAUCAUCCCCAGCUUGUUUGUCUUGCUAAAAAAGAAAUAAACAAAUUUUACAUUUAGUUUGAGUAGUACCUAGCAUAAGAGCUCAAAACUUUAAAGCCUUGAGUGGAGUCUUUCAAUUCUCCUCUCUGAUCUUAAUUGUAUAAGAAAUUAUAUUUAGAUAAGGUUACAGAAAGUGUAAAAAUAUACUUGUUAACUUUUCUAUGCGUUAGGAAAAAAAGGAAACCAUUGAUCAAUAACAAAUAUAUGACAAUGAUCAUAUUGAUGAUUAACUGUGUUCUGGGCAUGAGGACAAAAGUGAAAGGGGACAGGCUAUGAUGAGGAACUUAUUACCUUGUGAAUGUAUGAGAUGUUAGUUUUACUAGGACCUGCAAUUAUAAUCAAAGUUUUGAAUCCCAUUCCGGCGGUCGUUCCGUUUGAAGUAAUGCAAAGGAAUAUUUCGGUACCGGUCCGUUUUGAUAUACCAUUUCGGAAUUGUUGUUAUAUAAAAAUAUAUAUAUAUAUAUAAUUUAUAUUAUAAAAUAAUAUCAAUACAAGUCUUAACAUACUUUACCAACAUAAUCAUAUACGGUUCUGGGGGUUGGGCGGUAUCCGAUAGAGAGAGAAAGUCUUCCUUCUCCCUAGAAAGCUUAUCAGAAAACCUUCCCAGAGGGAGGUGGGAGCCUCGGCUCCUCCCUCCCUCCCCUCUUUAGUUUUCAUGCUUUUUCCGUUUUCUUCCUUUUUUUUUUUUUUUUGUCGGUUUUUUUGGUUUUCUUGUUUUGGUUUAGUUCCAGUCAGUGCUUGGGGGUUAUGGUGGCUUAAGGGUGACAGGUUCUUGCUCUCUAGCUAUGGCGCCGCCUUGAGGAGAGGAACAUCCGUAGCCAAAGAAGACAAAGGCAUGGUGGUCCCGCUGUGUGAGAGGCUGGCUAUCCUGUUUUGAUGGCGCAAGGUUGACGACGAUGGACUAAGGCGAGGCAGGGCUGCUAGUCGAUGAGAGGCGUGCUGCUCUGUUUUGAAAGAACGGAGAGUUGGUGGUACGAAUAGCGACUCUGGGUCAUGUCGGAAAGGCUUCGUGGUGCUCUCCAUGCUUCGUGGUGGCGGCACAGUAGCUCAUGUACUGCACAACAGUAGAAAAGAAAGGAGGAGGGCUCCGUUGUGCUCCUUCAGCUUUGCUUUAAUGUAUAAUGUUGUGUUUGGAGCCGUGAGCUUGGAGGAGAACUCUGCACUUGGUGGUCUCUGCACUUGCUUGGAGGGAGAACGCGGCACGGAGAGGGAGCAGUUGGAAUAAGCGAUGAAACCCUAAGUGGCUCUCCCAAUGGGCUGAGCUUUUGUUUGGGCUGGGCUGGGCUUCAGCCCAUGUAUUUUUAGUUUGCUCAGUGUAUCACUUGUUUUUGAAGGUUUUUCUUGUAUUUUCGGUUAUUUAGUUUGUUUUAGGUAGUAGUAGGAAACAGUCUCUAGGACCGAGGGUCCAUAGAGUUUUGUACUCCACUCCAUGGGAGGGGGAGUUGUGUGGACUGUCUUAGACGGUAGUCUAAGACAGAGUUAAGUCUCUCAGACGAUUAGUCUGGAGGUCUGUCUCUCAGACUGUUAGUCUGAAGGCAUUGGACAAGACCCUGUCAGCUGCAAAGAAAUUUGUGGGCUGGAGAGCGAGAAAAUAUUAGAAUUUGAUUUGUAUUUUACAGGUCAAAAGUUGUAAUUGUCCGCUUCAUUAAUGAAUGGAACAGUGUUUCACCUUUAAAAAAAAAACAUAAUCAUAUACGGAAUAUAAAUCACUUAGCACUACUUACUCCUGGAGUAGUAGUUUCAGUCAUUCCCAGUCAAGUCUCAAUCCAAAUGAGUUUAUUUUUUACUAAGUUGAAGCCUAACUACAAUAGAUAGAUAAAUAUUACUUACAUUAAAAAUCAUUGUAAUUUGAUUAGUAUGAUCCAAAAAAUUAAUAUACAUUGUUGUUUUAUGAAAAUAUAUUAACAACACUAGAUAGCAAGUUUACAAAUUUUCUCAAAAAAGAAAACGAAAAAAAAAAAGAAACCGUUGUCUGAAAAGUAGAGACAUUGACCAAUCAAAUUAAGUUUAGAAAGAGUACAGUGAGCACCUACCUCUCGCCCGCUGUCCCAAACAUGAUUUAUAAAUAUUUCGGACUGGAAUGCUUGUUUCAGCCAAAAUGCUAGAAUCUGGCUGGAAUGGACUGGAAAAUACCAAAACAGCCGGAGUUUAGUCCGGAACGGAAUAGUCCAUUACACUGUACCGAUCACUAUUCCAGUACGAAAAGUUCCAGCCAGAACGGAACGAAAUUAAAAACUUUGAUUUUGUGUUGCUGUAAAAUAGUCGAGAAAAAAAAAAUCAUUUGCAGCUGGCUCUAUUUGCCGCAAUUGAUUUUCGCCACAAAAGGUUUGUUUUUGCAGCAGGUCUUGUUGCAGCGACAAAAGGUCCCAGCAAAAAGAUUAGUUUGUGGCCUUUCUUCUCUGCUACUGGAAAGAACAACCUGAUACGGUAAAAAAACACUUUUAGCUGCUAAAUUUCAAUCGCCGGAAAUGAAUUUAGCCGUAAAUACUACUUUUUCUUAUAGCUGGACUUCGCAAUAACACUCAUAAUAUUAAUUGUCUUAUUACUAAUCAAAAACAUCAGUUGGCUUAUUAGUUUUCAUGAGCAUAUCAUAAAUGGAUGGUUGAUUGUAUUAUAUUUUUCAUCAUAUUCUGGUAUUUUUGUCACUUUUAGAAGACAGUGUUUCAGGUGAAGGUGCUUGGAAAGGAUAUUCAUCAAUCUCAAAUAUCAUCAUUUGAUUGCUAGCUUUCAUCGACUUCAAGUUGUCAAAAU